AUGUUAGUCACGGAGGGGACAAGAAGCAGUUUGAUCGAUGAGAGAAAGCACAAGCACGAAGGUAGCCAAGUGGAGGAGGGCGUGUACGAGGCAUUUGAGGGUCUUUGGGCGAGGGUGUCGAUGGCGUUUGAGCGCCCAGGACAGGGCUCAUCGAGGGUGGGCCUAACGAGUCCACAAGAGGAACCUGGAUGA